GCACUCGUGGCUGUAAGGAAGGAAAUUUCUGGAAAACGGAACCAUAACAAAUGCCCCCACCACAAAAUUAACGUAUAUGUAAUACCGUGGUACACGAUGGGCUAGAAACCAUAAAAAUGUAGCCAAAAAUUAAUUUUUCAAGUUUAAUAUUUUGAAGAAUAUUUUUUUUAAACACCAUAUUACUUCUAAACAUGUAAAGAAUAAAUGUGUGAAACCAAAAUAAGACGAAACACUUCGAAUCAUUAGACUUACUGUUAAAAUGUUCUUAUUGUUAGUGACGUCUUGGAUGCUUUUAUCUCCAUUACAAUAUAUUUAGUAACUCCGUCAUCUAUAGCAAGUUCAGUAAUAUUUGGUCAAAUCCCAGAAGAAGUACUUCGAGUUUGGAGUCAACUACCAGAAGCAAUACGUUUGGAUCCCAGUUUAGCAGUUUUUCAAAGAGAAUACGAUCGAGUUCAUCAAACUGAGGAAGGGCGGUCUUCAGAUGUCGUAAAGAAAGACUGCUUAGUAGUGAACAUGUCCCUUGGGACACAGACUGCAUUGCAACAGAGGAUACGAAAUAAGGGAUCUAGAGAAGAAGAUGGACAUGACGUUACACAAGAACCUCACGAAGUUAAACAAAAUCCUUUUUAUCGUUAUAUAAAGUUGAUUUUAUUGACUUGUUGUUGGCUCAUAUUUACUUUAAUAUUAAUAAUCAAAAGUGAAAAAGUAGAGGCAAUGCACCAAAUCUCGGUACCAAAGGGUGAAAUAAAAAAUUACAAAAUGCACGGUGACAUUUCUGGCAGAGAAAUUAGUGUAACAAUAGAAGGCUCGUUACUUCCACCGAUACAAUCAAAAGAAUAUACAAAUGUAUCCGACAGAUAUUUAAUGGUAUGGUUGGAACUGUUAGUCAAUGAGACAAAUAAUACGGAUGAGUUCUUUUCGGUACACUCCAAACAAAUUAAGAAUAUAAGCAAUGUAUGGAUGUUACCAAUACUUCCUGAAAAUCUGAUGGAUCUUUUCUCUGGACAGAGAUACCAUAAUAUUUUUGAGCUGCAAAAUGUUAAUAAAGAGAUGUUAAAGGGAGGCUUAGCUUCUAUUAAUUUAAAAACAAACCUAGAUUCCAGUUUUGCUGUUUCCAUUUCGUAUGAUUUAUCAUCAAUAAAUAAAGAUGAUGGUAUAGCGUAUGCUGCAAUUGUUUUAUUUGGGUUAUAUGUGCUAAUAGUAUUUGAGAUUGUACAUAGAACCUUAGCCGCCAUGUUAGCAUCAACUAUGUCUAUCGCAAUAUUAGCAGCUUUAAAUGAGAGACCAAGUAUGGUUGAAUUGGUAUCUUGGAUAGACGUUGAUACAUUAAUGUUAUUAUUCGCUAUGAUGAUACUAGUCGCCGUUAUUGCUGAAACAGGAAUAUUUGACUGGUUGGCAGUCUAUGCUUACAAGAUAACUGGGGGAGAAUUGUGGCCGCUCAUAGGUACACUGUGCUUUUUCACAGCGUUCAUCUCAGCAUUUCUAGAUAAUGUUACAACGGUACUUUUAAUGACACCGGUAACUAUCAGAUUAUGCGAAGUUAUGGAAAUAAAUCCAGUGCCAAUAUUGACAGCAAUGGUGGUUUAUUCUAAUAUCGGUGGUGCUAUGACACCGAUAGGUGACCCACCUAACGUAAUUAUUGCUUCUAAUCGAGAUGUUAUUAAUAAUGGUAUCGAUUUUAGUACAUUUACGAUGCACAUGAGCAUUGGUGUUAUAUUAGUUAUAAUCGUAGCCUAUGUUCAGCUACGAUUUAUCUUUCGAGAUGUGGAUGUUCUUAGAUUCGAUGAACCGCCAGAUGUACAGGAAUUAAGGCAUGAAAUUGCAAUUUGGCAAAGAGCUGCGGCAAGUUUAUCCAGUUACAGUAAAGAUGAAAAUUUAGUGAGGGAAACUUUAUUGAAAAAAGUUCAACGAUUAGUUUCACAAUUAAAAAGGAAAAUAGUGACGGGUAGUGUAACACUUGAAAGAUAUAAAACAACACUUGAGGAACUUCAAGAAAAGUAUCCUAUUCGCGAUAAAUGGUUACUAGUAAAGUCUGGGUUCGCGUUAAUCUUCGUGAUUACGCUGUUCUUUUUACACAGUGUCCCGAAUCUGCAUUUAUCACUGGGAUUGACGGCUUUAGUUGGUGUCCUUUUAUUAUUAAUUUUAGCGGACAGCGAAGAUUUAGAUGGUCUUAUGGCACGUGUGGAAUGGAGUACUUUAUUAUUUUUCGCGUCGUUAUUCGUCCUUAUGGAGGCUCUUUCGCGGCUAGGUCUCAUCGCGUGGAUAGGAAAACAAACGGAAAGAAUUAUUUUGUCGGUAAACGAAGAAUCAAGAUUAGCGGUGGCUAUAUUACUAUUACUUUGGGUAUCGACUUUUGCUAGUGCAUUUGUGGAUAAUGUACCUUUGUCAACGAUGAUGAUAAGAAUUGUAAUUAAUCUGGCACAAAAUCGAGAACUUAGAUUACCAUUGCAACCAUUAGUGUGGGCUUUAGCAUUUGGUGGUUGUAUGGGAGGAAAUGGAACUUUGAUUGGAGCUACUGCCAACGUAGUUUGUGUAGGUGUUGCUGAGCAACAUGGAUAUAAAUUCACUUUUAUGCAAUUCUUUAAGGUGGGUUUUCCGAUUAUGCUGACAAGUGCUGCUACAAUAACUAUGUACUUAAUGAUCGCUCAUGUUGUUUUUGAUUGGAACGGAUAAUGCUAUCAAUGCGACCGAUUAAUCAUUUAAUUGCAUUUUAGAACAAUAUCUGUAUCAUUAUAAUUGUAAUGUGUAUACUUAUAUUUAUUGUAAUAUUUAAUUAAUAUUACACAUAGGAUGAGCAAGUAUUCUGGUAAUGUACAAACU